AACAUUGGAGAUUACGUAACUUUGAUAUCUUGAUAUAAUUGAAUUGAUUAGUCAGGUGGAAGAUGGACCCUUCGUAAGAAUAAGGGAGAAAAGUUGGGUAGACCGUGGGGUAUUAUGUUUUUGAUGAAAGGGUAAUAUAACAGGGUUAUUUUGUUGGUUACGAAGUAGUUUGUAUAGGGACUAGGCUGGCUUUUGCUCAUGUGUUGGUCAUAAGAACAGCUUUGCACUUCUCUUUCUCGCUCUUUUCUCCUUCAGCCGCACUCUCUCUCUCUCUCUCUCAUCUAUUUCUCUUGUGAACAAAACUCCAUUUUUCUUCAACAACGGCAGGUUGAAAAUGCUCCAUUUCUUUUUUCAAAUCACGUGAACAUUGCUCGAUUUCAACGGUUCAUUUUGAAAAAAACGAAGAUUCAAAUCUGGCCCAAAAUCACAAAUUCUAGUUUUCUACUCCUAUAAAUACAUCUUUAACUCUUCAGCCAAAAAGGAGGGAAGGACGGAAAACCCUCUCAUUUGAGCUAUUUUCUGCUUUUGCUCAAAGAAAACUCUAACAUUUUGAUAUUUUUCAAUCUCUGUCCAUUUCUAUUUUGCUUAAGGAGAGUAGAUCUGAGACCCUGACAUCCCGUUCACUGUAUCACCAAAAGGUAUGGAUUUGCAUUGGAGUACAAUGAAUGACGAAGAUCAUUGACAUCACAAAACGGAGUUGAAAUUUAGACAUAGGAACUUGUAUUUACUUUACUUAGAUUAGGAAACACUUUAUGUUGUAAUCAUUUGACAUGUAAUAAAUAUUACACUACUUUUGUACUUUAUUUUGGGGAAAUAGAAUCUGUUUAAUUAAUCAAAAGCAAUGGGAUGACGUAUUAUGACACACUUUACCCUUCAAACAAACGUUAGGCCUACCUCCGGCACAAAGAGGUCACAUGCAUAUUAGGACGCGCUAUUGUUUGAUAUACUCGUGUACAUUUGUUUGACAACUUGUUUAACUUUAUGACUUUACGUGAUCAUGACUUUACCUAGAUAUGUUAAUACGACUGACAUCAUUUGCACUUUAUGUUUCUUUUUAUUCCCAAAGAGUUGAUUCGUGUUGACACUCGAUGGCCGACCAUCCUUACCUCACAAGGUCAAAGACGUCAUCGUUACCUGAACGUAGUUGGGCUGUUCAAGGAAAUAAAGUUAUUAUGUCUAAUCUGGCCGCAUCUAUUUCAACUGGUUUGGAAAACAUCGUGAUUCCUAGUGAUCCCCCCGAGACUUCUGAACACGGAACUACUAUUCAACGUGAUGAACAUAUCGCCCGCCUGACUCAAGAAAUUGAGGAUCUACGUGGAGAACUGAAUCGGGUUAGGGACUUGACCAAUUUAUCCAUCACACUCCAAAGUUCGCCUCCUGAACCCAGAACUGUCGCACCAAAUUCACCUCGUUUUCCAUCACUUGAAUCUCCAGUUCCUGAACAUUUUCCCCCACAAAAUAAUGCACCUACCAACAACAACUUCCCUCCAAUCACCCUCGCAAAUCCACCAAAUCCCUCAUCCGUCUAUACUCCUCCACAAAGUCAACCACACACUUACACUACCUAUGCUACUCCAAAUCCACCAUCCGUCAAUCCACCAAAUCAAUCACAAAUUCAUACUCCUUACAUUCCUUUUCCCACCAACACUAAUCUGCCACCUACAACUACUCCUCUAAACCCACCAACCCAACCACCUACGAACACCACCUAUAACACACCACCUCCAGUCCAAAACACUCCCACCAUCCAAACUUAUCCAACCCAGCAUAUACAAGGGGGACAUUUUGUCACUCCUAAUGCACAAUAUGUUCCUCCGGUAUAUGCCGCAGAAACACAAGCCUUUACCAACCCAGUAACGGUGAGGUUCCAACCCGAGGUGGAUCAAUACGAGGAAAUGGAAAAAGAAGCAAAAGCAAGGGCAGGCGAUAUGUUGCUAAAAGAAAUUCACAGUCUCAAAGAAGCAAUGAGAAACCUUCAAGUUGCUAGGGGAAGCAAGAGUGUAGAAUACGAAGAUCUGUGUGUCCAGCCUAACGUUGAUUUGCCCGUAGGCUACAAACCUCCAAAAUUCGAUACAUUUAAUGGAACAGGCGACCCUCAUACACACUUAAGGGCUUAUUGUGACAAACUGGUUGGAGUGGGUAGAGACCAGAACAUAAGGAUGAAGCUCUUCAUAAGAAGCUUAUCUGGUGAGGCUCUUACUUGGUAUACACAACAAGACGUCCAUAAAUGGCGUGGUUGUAGCGAUAUGGCACAAAACUUCAUGGAUCGAUUCAGUUUCAACACUGAUAUCACACCAGAUAGAGUCUACAUGACUACUAAGUUAACUAAAAAGUCAACUGAGUCAUUCCGUGAAUAUGAACUGCGUUGGAGGUCAGAAGCAGCCAGGGUUCAACCUCCGAUGAAUGAUAGAGAAAUGACUGCUACCUUCAUUGAAUGCCAGGUUGGCGUAUUUUAUGAGAAAAUGAUAGGUAUGAUGGGACAAAAAUUCACAGAAGUUGUCCGAAUGGGAGAAGCCUUAGAAGAAGGAAUCAAAUCAGGAAAAAUUCAGGAUCUUACUGCUUUGCAAGCAGUAAACAAAGCUAUUCAAUCUGGUUCUAUCAGCGGGGUUAAAAAGAAGAAGGAAGAUGUCGCUGCAGUCAUGAACAUCCAAGGGCAUAAGCCGAGCCAAGCCAUUACAUACUUUAACCAUCCACAACAACCUUUCUACCCUUACCACUACACUGAACCCUACCAAGCUCCACUGUCUCCUUACCCUGUCUACAACGCCCAAGAAAAUUACUAUCUACCCCGAGCACCUCCACAUCAAAACCCACGUCCAUAUCAACCCGUCCAAGCUCCAACUUACCAAAAUCGACCACAUGCCACACCUAAAGCUCGUCCAAACCCUGACACCAAAAACACCCGUAAUUACACUCGGUUCGCUGAACCCUUGGCUCAAUUGUUUGAAAGAAUGAAAGCAGCAGGCGUGAUACAACCGAUCGAAGGGAAAAUUCCCGAUCCUAUUCCAAGAUGGUUUGAUGGCUCCAAGCGUUGUGCAUAUCAUUCUGGAGUUGCUGAGCACGACACUGAAGAUUGCUAUGGGCUUAAAAACAAAAUCGAAGCCUUGAUUAAGGAAGGAGCAAUCCAGCUCACUGGAGCUCGGCCCAAUGUGGACAACAAUCCUUUACCUGCUCACGAAGAUGCCAAGAUUUGAAAGAAGCUAGUGCGUCGAUUGGAAAGGUGGAAAGGGGCAUGUCAUCAACUUUUGUCGCUCCCGUGGGAACAAUCCAAAGACAAACGCACAUGAAGAUUACUGCUACACCUACUCACAAUACCGAGACAUCGACCAUACAGGGUACCGAACUAGGAGAGACUCUGAAGAAUUGGACUUGUACUCCGUCCCUGAUUCGCCGGGAGUCUUGGUAGUUUGAACAUGUAGUAGACUUGUUUUUUAAAUUGCGGCUUGAAUCACGCGCAAAACCUUUGUUGCUUUGCUUCAUCUUUUGGAAGCUUAAUUGCGAAAUCUAUGAAUGUAUUUCUGA